AUGCCACCAAAGAAGCAAGUCGAAGAAAAAAAAGUUUUAUUAGGUCGUCCAGGUAAUAACUUAAAGGCUGGUAUUGUUGGUUUAGCCAAUGUUGGUAAAUCUACUUUUUUCCAAGCUAUUACCAGAUGUCCUUUAGGUAAUCCUGCAAACUAUCCUUUUGCUACUAUUGAUCCAGAAGAAGCAAGAGUUAUUGUUCCAUCUCCAAGAUUUGAUGAGUUAAGUAAAAUUUACAAGCCAGCUUCUGAAGUCCCAGCUCAUUUGACUGUUUACGAUAUUGCUGGUUUGACCAAAGGUGCUUCUGCUGGUGAAGGUUUAGGUAAUGCUUUCUUGUCUCAUAUUAGAUCCGUCGAUUCUAUUUAUCAAGUUGUUCGUUGUUUCGAUGAUGCUGAAAUUAUCCAUAUCGAAGGUGAUGUUAACCCUGUUCGUGAUUUGGAUAUUAUCUCUCAAGAAUUGAGAUUGAAGGAUAUUGAAUUCUCUGAAAAAGCUUUAGAAGCUGCUGAAAAAAUCGCCAAGAGAGGUGGUCAAUCUUUGGAAGUCAAACAAAAGAAAGAAGAAAUGGCUUUGAUUCAAAGAAUUAUUGAUUUAUUAAAAGAUGGUAAAAGAGUUGCUAACCAAAGUUGGACUCCAAAGGAAGUUGAAACCAUCAACUCCAUGUAUUUGUUAACUGCUAAACCAACUAUUUAUUUGAUUAACUUAUCUGAAAGAGAUUACAUCAGAAAGAAGAACAAGUACUUAUUGAAAAUUAAGGAAUGGGUAGAUGAAUUCUCUCCAGGUGAUUUGGUCAUCCCAUUCUCCGUCUGUUUGGAAGAAAGAUUAUCGCAUAUGUCUACCGAAGAAGCUGAAGAAGAAUUGAAGAACAUUGGUGCUAUUUCUGCUCUACCAAAGAUUGUCACCACCAUGAGAACUAAAUUGGAAUUGAUCUCUUUCUUCACUUGUGGUCCAGAUGAAGUUCGUGAAUGGACUAUCAGAAAAGGUACUAAAGCUCCACAAGCCGCUGGUGUUAUUCACAAUGAUUUAAUGAACACUUUUAUUUUAGCUCAAGUUAUGAAGUAUGAAGACGUCCUUGAAUACAAAGAUGACGCUGCUAUUAAAGCUGCAGGUAAAUUACAACAAAAGGGUAAGGAAUAUGUUGUCGAAGAUGGUGACAUUAUUUACUUCAGAGCAGGUGCUGGUAAAAACUAG